AUGAAUAACUGUCGAAAACGUAAGCUUAGUGACUGUGGGUCUCCCUCUUUUGCUUCUGUUGCUCCUCUUUUGCGCAGGAGUCGACGAUCUCGAUUUUUUACUUCUGUUGCGCUUCCUACGUAUUAUGACUGUGGGGAUUGUAUAUGUGUUUGUGAAUUUUGUGGAGCUUUGUUUUGGUAUAUUGAAAGGCUUGGAAAUCGUCGUCAAACUAAUCGUCCUAAGUAUAAUCACUGUUGUAAAGGAGCUUCUGUUGUGUUACCUCUUCCACGAAUGCCUCCUCCUGAACUUUAUAACCUUUAUACAGAUGCUAAUUUUUUGAAUGACAUUAGAGGUUAUAAUAGUAUGUUUUCCAUGACGUCUUUUGGGUCUAUUGUUGAUGAGGAUAUUAACAACGGUCAUGGUCCAUAUGUUUUUAAGGUUUCUGGUCAGGUUUGUCAUUGGAUAGGGUCUUUGUGUCCUGAUGAGUCUAAAGGUCCAAGGUUCUUGCAGUUGUAUGUUGUCGAUACUGCUAAUGAGGUUUCUAAUCGGUUGAAAGCCUUUCACACCUCUACUAAAAAAGAUUUAGAUGGUGCUGUUGUAAAAAUUCUAAUGGAAUCCCUUUUAGUUCAUAAUGAAUAUGUUAGGACAUUCAAAACAGCUAAAGAAAUGGCUGAAGCUAUGAAAUUAGAUUCCUAUGCAGUUCGUUUGUUCAGUGACGUCCCUGAUCGUAGGUAUGGUUGCCCAGCUGCUGGUAGUUUAGGUUGUAUUGUUACUGGCGAUGACAGUAAUUGUAGCAAGUAUGACAUCAUUGUUCACCCGAAAUCUGGUAUUCCUCAAUGA